CUGCGCAGGGACUCAGAUGGGAGUCUCUUGAACCGGAAGCAGUCGGCGGCGCUCGGAAGCAACGGCGAGACGCGGGAUUUCGCUGGCACGGCAGCUACAGAAUGGCCGGCGGCGGCGGGAAGCGCAGGCCCGGCGGGGAGGGGCAGCAGUGUGAAAAAACAGUUGAUGUGAAGAAGAGUAAAUCCUGUGAAGCUGAUGUCUCCAGUGACCUUCGAAAAGAAGUAGAAAAUCAUUAUAAGCUUUCUCUGCCUGAAGAUUUCUAUCACUUCUGGAAGUUCUGUGAAGAGCUUGAUCCUGAAAAGCCAGCUGAUUCACUUUCCACAACCCUUGGACUUCGAUUAGUGGGUCCUUAUGAUAUCCUUGCCGGAAAACAUAAAAUGAAGAAAAAAUCAGCAAGCCUGAAUUUUAACCUUCACUGGAGAUUUUACUAUGAUCCUCCUGAGUUCCAGACCAUUAUUAUUGGAGAUAAUAAAACUCAAUUCCACAUGGGGUAUUUCAGGGAUUCUCCUGAUGAACUUCCUGUAUAUGUUGGUACAAAUGAAGCAAAGAAAAACUGCAUAAUUGUUCAAAGUGGAGAUAAUGUGUUUGCUGCAAUCAAAUUAUUUCUGAUGAAAAAACUUAAGGAAGUAACAGAUAAAAAGAAAACUAGUCUCAUGAAAAACAUAGAUGAGAAACUAACAGAAGCAGCCAGAGAACUGGGGUACCCACUGGAACAGAGAACCAUGAAGAUGAAACAGAGAGAUAAGAAAGUUGUGACAAAGACCUUUCAUGGUGCAGGCUUGGUUGUCCCAGUAGAUAAAAAUGAUGUUGGGUACAGAGAGCUCCCUGAAACGGAUGCCAACCUCAAGAGAAUUUGCAAGACAAUUGUUGAGGCACCAAGUGAUGAGGACAGACUAAAAGCUUUUGCUCCCAUUCAGGAAAUGAUGACCUUUGUGCAGUUUGCUAAUGAUGAAUGUGAUUAUGGUAUGGGGCUUGAGCUGGGAAUGGAUCUCUUUUGUUACGGCUCACACUAUUUUCAUAAAGUUGCUGGCCAGCUUUUACCUCUUGCAUAUAAUCUGUUGAAGAGGAAUCUCUUUGCAGAAAUUAUUGAAGAUCAUUUGGCAAACAGAAGUAAAGAGAACAUAGACCAACUUGCAGCAUGAAUGAGAGUUGGCUUUGUUUCGGUGUAUAAUAUUUUAAAGCAUUAGUAUUAAACUUGUGAUUUGUUUUUAAGGAAUACAGAAAAUAAAUUGAUGGAAAUAUUUACUAAAAACGUUUAUAAAGCUCUUCUAACCCUUUUCUUUCAUGUGCAGAUAAAUGGCAGUCAUCUAAAUGGUGAUGCCCUAAUCACAUCUGAAAGACAACCAAAGUCCUCUGACAUGUCACAGGAAGUCACGGUCUACUGCCCGUGGAUAACUAGACUAUUCUCUCAUCAGGGAGCCCUGUUUCAAUAUUGAACAUAUGGACAACUAAAAAUUUAUUUCCUCAGACUUGAGUUAAUAAUAGCUAUAGCUCUAAGGACUGGAUUUGUGGGCGGUGGGGAGGGCAUAGGGGAAGUAAACUUGGGAGGUGCCUGACCCCAGAGGUACCAAAGUUACUUUUUAACAAUAUCUCCAGAUGAUACAUAUGUAGUCCAGGUACCUAUUAGGUAUAUUCUUUAAAACAAUUCUUUGACUCACUGUAUUUGAACUAAUCAGUAUAGCAUAGAAUAUUGAUAUACAGUAUAGUAUACUAAUCAGUAUACCAUUAAUUUAAAGUUUACUACUGCAAACCAGAUUCACAUCCUCAAGCCUGAAAAAAAUGUCCUUCCCCUUAAAAACAGAGCGCAAACCAUGAAAUGUAAAAUAGCCAACUCUGCAGAUUGGGCUGAAGAGCAUAUAAGCCAUUUCCCCUUUGUAUGAAGUUCAAGGUAAAAAAGCCCUUAGGUCAUCUUGUAACCCCCACGUUUUGCAGAAGAUUGACUUGCCUUACCCAAAGAACUUUUGUUGAAUUGUCAGUCUCCAGUGUCACUUAUCCUGUCAGCUGUCUUCUUAAAAUAGUUUGAGAUACUCUGAUACUUACUCUUUUUGAUAUAAAGUAUGAGUAGACUAUUUGCAAACACUUCCCGCCAGGAUUUUUAAUACAAGCAGCUUGUCUUUAAGCUGCAGGUUUUUUAAGAACAUGUAUUUUAUCAGUAUGUAUCCCCCCUCAGUAACACAAACCUUUGAGUAUGUAUUUAUUUGUUGGACAAAAUGACCCUAUUCCAUGCUGCUCACUAAGUGCCUGAUAAAAUCACACUAGCAAGAUUUGGGAAACUAUUUUGAGAUGCCCUUAAGGUAAGAAUUCUUGACUUCUCAGACAAUAGAAUGUCUUCUGAGGUCAAAAAUCUCCUCUGCUUUUACAGCCUAUACCUAGUAUCUAUUCUCAUUCCCAUGGCCCAGGCUGCCUUUGUAGGUCAUUAAGAUGCUUUCUUCAAGAGAUGUUUUAUAUAAUAGCUUAGCCAAACUAAACUGAAAACAUCCUUUUACCUUCCCUUUCAUUACUGUACUGGAACUUUCAUAGUUCUGAUGGGGAGGUCUCAGGAGGUUUUAAGAAACUGCCACAUUUCAGUGUGUAAGCAUCUGCAGGUCCUGGCCCCAUCUGAACUAAGCUGUAAGAUGACAGGAACAUUAGCUCACACAUACUUUGAUUAGAAAAGGUGACCAAAUCACAUUGGAUCUUAAAUAAUUGAACAUUUUAUAAGCUCCUGAGCCUUUUUCCUCAGAUUUCCUUAGUUUCUAAGGUACCUAAUAUUAGGGGCAGUAUUCAGAAAUAGUUAACAUAUAUCUUUUAAAUUAACAUAUAUUAACAUAUAUCUUUUAAAUAUCUAAAAAAAUAUUCAAAUCAGCUAUCUUAAAUCAAUCUUCUUAGCUAGAAAUAUUAGCCAUUUAAUAAAUUCUGCCAUUCCUUGAUCCAACAGUUUCAAAUACAGUUUGUAGUUUUUUUUUUUAAAUAUGCCUUGUGAUCAGUAAUACAGAUUCUAACAGGACUUCUUAUCAAGGAACAAAUUAAAAUGAAGGGGGACAAAAAAAAGAUCAGCUUUUCAUCCUUUGCUUAUACAAACCUAACAUGAAUGUGUAUUUUCAGAACGCCAGGCGUUGCGUAACAGCAAAGAUUGAAUUGGAUACCAAUGCCAAGAAUAUGGCCAUUAUCAUCUGGAUACUGUAGUUGCGGAUUUCCAGUCUCAAACUGGAAAGUUGUGUCAGAGGGCUGGAAACAGGUUUCAGGAGGUACUCACCUUCCAACUACUGGAACAUUUUUCAUUAAAGAGCAAGCUCCUUACAAUACAAUACCAAACUUCUCUUUCUCUUUCCUUCACUGAAGCACAGUCCGCUAACCUAGUUUGCUGAAUAUUUUUAUCUACCGAGGAUGUGGCCAUCCAAUGGCUAUAGUCGCUUCCAAGCACCACCUAUCUACUUCUGUUCUCAGAACACGUUCUAAAUGCCUAGACUCCCAAAUGAAGUACCUUAACUCGGUAAGAAUCUAACAGAAAAUCACUACUCGAAUUUAGCUAAGCUCAUUCCUGGAGCUUAAUAAUGGGGUAUAAUCUCUCAAACACACAUGUGGAAAGAUACACCCAAGGGAAAAAAUGAAAGCUAUAAAACUUAAUCCAAGGUAGUGCUACAUAUUACGUCACCACAAUGACAGAUACCCGCUAUCUAUGCAGAUGAUCCUGAUACCCUAAACCCACAGUUUAUUCAGUAUCUAGACCAAGGGUCAACAAACGUGCUGAGGGCCAAAUCUGACCCACUUGUUUUUGUCAGCGGGAAGCCUGCUUCUCCCUCUCCCACUCCCCCUACUUGUGUUCCCUCUCUCGCUGUCUCUCUCUGUGAAAAUAAAAUCUUAAAAAAAAAAAAAAACUGUAUGGAGAAACAGCCACACCUGUUCAUUUGCGUAUUAUGUGGGCCUACAACGGCAGAGUAGUUGCAGCAGAUUGUUAUGGCCCCCAAAGCCUAAAAUAUUUGCUAUCUGGCACUUCACAGUGGAAAAUUUGCUGACUCCUGAUCUAGAUGGUCCCCCUCUUUAGCUAUCAACUCCAAAGUCACACCCUAGACCUUGUCAGCACCAAUAAUGCAAACCCCCUCCCUAAUCUCAGUUUCAAGCAUCCUACUGUCCAAAAUAUCACCACCCGUCUUUUCCUCUCUCUUUCUCUAGUCCCCAGCUCCACCCAGUUUUCAAACCCACCGUAGCCUACACCAAUUCACUGAUCUAACAGCCUUUUUCACUAUUCUUCACUUGGUAUUCUUGCUUCCCUCUUCACCCAGCCCUUGUAUUCCACUCUCCAUCAUUAUGAUCACUCCCUCAUCUACCCCACUGCCCCUCUCCCCAUUAGCUGUACUUACGUUAGAAACUUAAGCCUGAUAAAAAGCUGCCUACUCCUACUUCUGCUCAGUAUCAGGUGGCUGGGGGAAAAAAUACAACCAUGACAACUGGUCUUGUAUUUUUGUUUGUUUAUUUUUUUUAUUUUUAUUUAUUUGACAGAGAGAGACACAGCGAGAGAGGGAACACAAGCAGGGAGAGUGGGAGAGGGAGAAGCAGGCUCCCCGCAGAGCAGGGAGCCCGAUGCGGGGCUCGAUCCCAGGACCCUGGGAUCAUGACCCGAGCCGAAGGCAGACGCUUAACCGACUGAGCCACCCAGGCGCCCCGACAACUGGUCUUGUUUUAACCUCAAGUUGGUCAUACUACUGCCCAUUAAUCCUACUACUUUCACAUCUUUCCUCAAACAUGCAACAGUACCUCCCAGCCCUCAGUUUAUUUCACUAAGAAAAAACAAAGUAACUUCCCCAAAAUCUCACCCCACACUACCAACUACCCAAUAUACUCUGCCUCUUCCACAUUGCUAUAAAUGUUGCUUAAUGUCCCAAGAGGCCAUCCCCUCUUGCCUACUCAAAGACCUCUCUCUCUCUUCAAAUCAGUUUUCCCUCUCCAAUAUUCCUAUCAACAAUAAAAGCUGUAAUAUCCUGCAUCCUAAAACAAAAUACUCUCUUUCACGCAUCCAGUUUCUGGAAAACUCAGCAAGAGUUGAAAUAGUUGCCUUUUGGGGCGCCUGGGUGGCUCAGUUGGUUAAGCACCUGCCUUGGGCUCAGGUCAUGAUCCCAGGCUCCUGGGAUGGAGCCCCGUAUGGGGCUCCCUGCUCAGCAGGAAGGCUGCUUCUCCCUCUCUCUCUGCCCAUUCCCCGCCCCUGCUCAUGCUCUCUCAAAUAUAUAAAAUCUUAAAAAAAAAAAAAAAAAUAGCUGCCUUCAAUUCCUUUCAUCAAUCUCUGUCAAACCCACUCCAAUCAGACUUUUGCCUGAUCUGAGCCUGCUUUGAUCAAAGUUAUCCAUUAUCUCCCACUGGGCAACUUUCAAUCCCCAUUUACUUCACUGAUCCUCCAUGAAACUAUUAUUCACGCCUUAUGGGACCACCUUUCUCUUAAAGGCACCAAUCUUCACCCUACCUCACUGGUUGCUCCCUCUUCUGCUGGCGCCUCAUCUCCUCAAAUCUAAAUAUACAUGUAUGUCAAUGCUCAGUCCACUCUGUUCACUGGCUCAGGAUGAUACCUCCCAGAUGUUUUAGGUCUCUUAGGCUGGACCUUCCUCCUGAACUUGAGUCUCGGUAUAUAUAACUGCCUACUUGACAUCCCCACUUGGAAGUCGAAAAGUCAUUUAAAACUUAAUGUCUUAAAACCAAAAUUCCUCUGUACACAACCUCAAAUCUGGUCUUCCUGAAGUCAUUCCCAGUUCAGUCAGUGGCCAUUGGGAACAUCUUUUACUCCUCUUGUAUCACUCCACAUUCGAUCCAUUAGCAAAUCCUGCCUCUGCCACCUCCAAAAUGUCUAGAAUCCAGCACUUGAACGACCUCCACCACCCGAGUCAGGUUCAAGCAUCUAUCAUAUCUUACCUUGAUUAUUCCGAGAGCCUUCUAAUUGGUCUCCCUCCAUCCACCCCUUCCCCAUUAUAGUCUAUCCCCUACAAAGCAGCCAGAGAUCACGUUAAGUCAGAUCAUGUCACUUUUCUGCCACACUGGCUUCCCAUUUUAUUCAGAAUAAAAGUCAAACGACUAUAUCCCUAACUUCUUUCCUCCUCUUACACCCUACUCCCCACUCCAGCCACAGUGACGUACUUGGUAUUCCUUGUACCUGUCAGGUGUAUCCCUCCUCAGGAUAUUUGCAUAUACUAUUUCCUCUUCUUAGAACAUUCUUCUCACAGAUAACUGUAUCAUUCCCUUACUUUUUUUAGGAUUCUGCUCAAAUGUCACCUUAUCCCUGAGGCCAUCUAUAAAAAAUAGCAUCCUCCCGAUUACUGAUUUUUUGGGAAUUUUUGCCUGAUUUAUGUAUGCUGUAACAGUGUGUGGCACACUUUCAAAAAAAGAAAAAUCUGCUGAACUAAAUAACUUGUGAUAUGUAUCACCAUCUGACAUACCAUAUAUGUCUCUGUCCCUACUGGAAUGUAAGCUUCAGGAACACAGCGCAGUGCCUAUCACACAGUAAGUAUUCAAUAAAAACUCAGUGAAGGAUCGAAUGAAAUGAAUGAUAAAUAAAAUCUAUUACAGA